GGCGAGCGAGGCGGGGAUCCGAACGCUUUGAGGCCCGCUCCUCCCUCAUUUAUAACCUCCUAAAUUCCCAUUCCCCUUCCUUUUAUUUUGCUUUUUUUCCCCUCGAUAAAAAAAAUAAUAAUAAGAGAGAGAGAGAAAUCCCAAACUCUACGAUUUCGAAAAAUUAUCCAUUAAUUCCUCAUUCUCGAUCGAUAGAAGAUGGCAGAUGCUGAGGAUAUUCAGCCUCUUGUUUGCGACAAUGGGACUGGAAUGGUCAAGGACCUUGGUCUCAGUGAAAUUAAUGUUUAUUCAUUCUGUUGCCAAAUUCUUGUAUGUUAUUUAAUUUUGGAUAUCAAAUGCAUUAACCAUGGCAACAUAUGUUUUGGUGCCAUUUCUUAUAAUUUACUAGGCUGGAUUCCACGUCAUACUGGUGUGAUGGUUGGCAUGGGACAAAAAGAUGCAUAUGUCGGGGAUGAAGCUCAGUCUAAGAGAGGCAUUUUGACAUUGAAAUACCCAAUUGAGCAUGGAAUUGUUAACAACUGGGAUGAUAUGGAGAAGAUUUGGCAUCACACAUUCUACAAUGAGCUUCGUGUGGCCCCUGAAGAACACCCGGUUUUACUUACUGAGGCACCCCUCAACCCUAAAGCUAAUCGUGAGAAAAUGACUCAAAUCAUGUUCGAAACAUUCAACGCUCCUGCAAUGUAUGUUGCCAUUCAGGCUGUUCUGUCUCUCUAUGCCAGUGGUCGCACCACAGGUAUUGUCCUCGACUCUGGUGAUGGUGUGAGCCAUACAGUCCCCAUCUACGAAGGUUAUGCGCUUCCACAUGCAAUCCUUCGUCUGGACUUGGCUGGCCGUGACCUCACUGAUGCCCUGAUGAAGAUCCUCACAGAGCGUGGCUACUCUUUCACCACCACUGCUGAGCGAGAAAUUGUAAGAGACGUGAAAGAAAAGCUCUCCUACAUCGCUCUCGACUACGAACAAGAGCUAGAAACAUCCAAGACCAGUUCCUCUGUUGAGAAGAGUUAUGAGCUCCCCGAUGGACAAGUGAUCACCAUUGGUGCUGAGAGAUUCCGGUGCCCAGAAGUACUAUUCCAGCCGUCGAUGAUAGGAAUGGAAGCUGCGGGAAUUCAUGAGACCACAUACAAUUCCAUCAUGAAGUGUGAUGUGGAUAUUAGGAAGGAUUUGUAUGGUAACAUUGUUCUUAGUGGUGGGUCUACUAUGUUUCCAGGUAUUGCUGAUAGGAUGAGCAAGGAGAUCACUGCUUUGGCUCCGAGCAGUAUGAAGAUUAAGGUGGUGGCUCCUCCGGAGAGGAAGUAUAGUGUUUGGAUCGGAGGCUCUAUCUUGGCAUCCCUCAGCACAUUCCAGCAGAUGUGGAUUGCAAAGGCAGAGUACGACGAAUCUGGCCCAUCGAUCGUGCAUAGGAAAUGCUUCUAAGUUUGCGAAACUGGGAAAACCGCUUCGCCUUUUUUUCCUUAUCUUCUGUAUCUGUUGUAGUUUGUGAAGAAACAAAUUCUGGUCUACACUUGUUGUUGUACUUUCUUUUGCUAAGAAAUGUUGUAGUGCACUAUUGUCGGCCUAUAAAUUUCAUUUUGUUUCGGUUUUCAUUGAGAAUUCUUGUUUGUUGUUCUUUGGUUGGAAAUGCUAUUAUUUGACUGUGAGAA